AUGAAGAAAAAGAUAGAUUGGAAGGACAGUGGCAGUACCAACCCCCACCACCAGGAGGUGUCCCCCUCACAAGGGCGGUUGAGAGAUGGAGAGGGCCAGGGGGUGACAGAGGGGGACAUGGAUGGGCCAUUGGUGACUACUGCACAGAAGAACCGUGGAGGAAGCACAGCAAGACUCAGGAUACACACUAUCCAUCCCCCCGCCGGAGACAUCCCCCAGCUGGAGACAACCCCCCACUGGAGACAACCCCCCCUGGAGACAACCCCCCCUGGAGACAACCCCCCCUGGAGACAACCCCCUGCUGGAGACAUCCCCCCACUGGAGACAACCCCCCGCUGGAGACAUCCCCCCACUGGAGACAACCCCCCGCUGGAGACAUCCCCCCGCUGGAGACAACCCCCCACUGGAGACAAUCCCCCGCUGGAGACAACCCCCUGCUGGAGACAACCCCCUGCUGGAGACAUCCCCCCCUGCUGGAGACAACCCCCUGCUGGAGACAACCCCCUGCUGGAGACAACCCCCCACUGGAGACAACCCCCCCUGGAGACAACCCCCCCUGGAGACAACCCCCCCUGGAGACAACCCCCUGCUGGAGACAUCCCCCCACUGGAGACAACCCCCCGCUGGAGACAUCCCCCCACUGGAGACAACCCCCCGCUGGAGACAUCCCCCCGCUGGAGACAACCCCCCGCUGGAGACAUCCCCCCGCUGGAGACAACCCCCCGCUGGAGACAACCCCCUGCUGGAGACAACCCCCCGCUGGAGACAUCCCCCCGCUGGAGACAUCCCCCCCGCUGGAGACAACCCCCCCUGCUGGAGACAACCCCCCACUGGAGACAUCCCCCCCGCUGGAGACAACCCCCCCUGCUGGAGAUAACCCCCCACUGGAGACAACCCCCCACUGGAGACAUCCCCCCCACUGGAGACAUCCCCCCCGCUGGAGACAUCCCCCCGCUGGAGACAUCCCCAGACUGGAGACAGCCCCCCCCCCACUGGAGACAACCCCCCCCACUGGAGACAUCCCCCCGCUGGAGACAUCCCCCCACUGGAGAAAACCCCCCGCUGGAGACAUCCCCCCCUGCUGGAGACAACCCCCCGCUGGAGACAUCCCCCCACUGGAGACAUCCCCCCCGCUGGAGACAUCCCCCCCGCUGGAGACAUCCCCCCCGCUGGAGACAUCCCCCCACUGGAGACAGCCCCCCCACUGGAGACAUCCCCCCCGCUGGAGACAUCCCCUCCGCUGGAGACAACCCCCCACUGGAGACAACCCCCCACUGGAGACAUCCUCCCACUGGAGAAAACCCCCCGCUGGAGACAUCCCCCCCACUGGAGACAUCCCCCCCACUGGAGACAUCCCCCCCGCUGGAGACAUCCCCCACGCUGGAGACAUCCCCCCCCACUGGAGACAUCCCCCCCGCUGGAGACAUCCCCCCCGCUGGAGACAUCCCCCCACUGGAGACAUCCCCCCCCACUGGAGACAUCCCCCCCGCUGGAGACAUCCCCCCGCUGGAGACAUCCCCCCACUGGAGACAUCCCCCCCGCUGGAGACAUCCCCCCACUGGAGACAUCCCCCCCCCACUGGAGACAUCCCCCCCGCUGGAGACAUCCCCCCUGCUGGAAACAUCCCCCCUGCUGGAGACAUCCCCCCACUGGAGACAACCCCCCACUGGAGACAACCCCCUGCUGGAGACAUCCCCCCCCACUGGAGACAACCCCCACUGGAGACAUCCCCCCCCCCACUGGAGACAACCCCCCACUGGAGACAUCCCCCUGCUGAAGACAACCCCCCGCUGGAGGCAACCCCCCGCUGGAGACAUCCCCCCCUGCUGGAGACAUCUCCCCGCUGGAGACAACCCCCCGCUGGAGGCAACCCCACCCUGGAGACAUCCCCCCCGCUGGAGACAUCCCCCCACUGGAGACAUCCCCCCGCUGGAGACAACCCCCUGCUGGAGGCAUCCAGUGGUUCAUAAGAUCAAGUCCACCUUUGUCGAUGUCACGCCCUGA